CGAUUUCAGCAUCCCCUCCCUCCUUCCUUCCCAUGCUCGUCUUGAAACCCUCGCCUUCGCUCACCUUGUAAUGGUGCUCACAGCGUUUCAGGACCUUCUCCCUCUCCGCCAUUCCAUUCUCCCCAUCCGCCGUUAUAAAAUCUCUAGCGAGUUCUAGCUCGCACGGUUCCUCCGGGGGGCAAAUUCGAGCUCCCGCUAGAAGAACGCGCCCUUUUAGAGAGCAGCAAAGACGCGUUCUCCGACGGGGCUCGUGCUUUUGCUGUCCUCAGACAACAGUUUUGAAAUCUUUGAAACGUUUUCCCGGUCUUAGGAAUCCCCAGCGCCAGAAUCGCGCGCGCUUUCGCCCCCGCCCGAAAUCCCAACCGUUUGUAGUGAGAAUCCGCUUGUCAAAUCGAAGCAACCAUGAUUGGCGCCACGUGCAGCAGCGACGCGAUGAUCUCCGACGGUCUCAUUCCCCCGCUCACCAUCUCGAGCCUUUCCCCCGACUCGAGCGGCGGUGGGCAGAGGGAGCUAAUGGCGCUCAUGACCGUGCCGUCAGCGUCCGCUGUCACUACUACAAUCCUCAACGCUACAACCGUUGCCGCAACCGUCCGUGCUACAGAUGCGCCGGAACUCACCGUAGCACCGCUCGAUACUAACAAACUCCGGAAGAUUGAUGCCGCAGGCACCGCGUUCGGGAUUAGCAGCGGGAUUUGCGCCGCGUUAAGUGAACCAGCUGCGUCGCGUCAGUGGAGGGAGACGGAGGAGCCAUUGCUGGCGGUCAACUCGAGCGUGCUGCUUCGGAUUCUGUCUGACGUCAGCCUUUCCGCCGAGGAUGUCGCGCGCCUAGAGACCGUGUGCACUUUCUUCCGCCGCCCUGCGCAUCUUACCCCGCACCCGCGCCUGUCAAUAGCGGAGGUGGCGGCGCACGACAGGUGCCUGCGCGUCCUGCGCUUCUCCAUGCUCCCCCGCGCGCAGCAGCGCCUGCUGUGGGCGCGCUGCGGGCGGUCGUGGAAGCUUCUGCUGCGCUUCCUCAUCACCAGCGACGCGUGCAUCAGGCACGGUCAGCCGCAGCUGGCAGCGGGAUGUGCGCACAGCGUGGUGGUGGGGCGCAGGGGAGAGGUGUGGACGUUCGGCCAUGGGUCUGCAGGGCAGCUGGGGAGACACGUGGCUGCUGCUGGCACUGCUGCUGCUGGCACUGCUGCUGGUGGCACUGCUGCUGCUGCUGCAGCUGCUGCUGCUGCUGCUGCUGCCGGUCUUACAAACGAUGUGACUACCGCUAUAACAGCCACUGCGACAGGCGCUGUGGCUCUGACUAUAAGGAGCGGGCUUGAAGGGAGGUCUGUGGUGAGCGGCGAUGCGUCAGCGGAACCUUCCUGGAAGCCUCAGAUUGUGAGGUCGCUGCUAGGGGUGCGGGUGGUGCAGGCAGCGGCUGGCAGGGCGCGCACCAUGCUAGUCACGGACACAGGCUUGGUGUACCGCUUCGGGAGGGACUGCUUCGGCGACCAGGAGUACUCCAUCACUUCCCCCGAGCCUGUCACCGAGCCUCGGCUCGUGGAGUCGCUCCAGCACAUCCCUGUCGUACAGGUCGCCCUUGGCAAUUUCUUCACAGCUGUGCUCUCAGCUGACGGCCGGGUCUUCACUCUCUCGUGGGGCGGCAGGAGGGAUGGCAGGAGCUCUGCACUCGCUGCCGCCGCUGCUACUGCCGCUGCUGCUUCUGCUGCUGCUGCUUCCAGUGUUACUGAUGGCGAUGGUGCCCCUGCGCGUACCCUAACCAGCGCCACUGCAGGGACCCGUGAGUUCCGAGGCGAGAGGCUCGGGCACGCCACCGACCCUACGGACGACGUGCCUCGGCAGCUCGCCGGGCCUGGGAUGAGCUCCGUGCUGGGGCUUGGGUCAAGGAAUGGGAGGCGUGGACGUGUCAAGGAAGGGAAACGAGGGCGCACUGUCGGUGCUGCCUUCACAGAGUGCAGCGAUACAAGGGAUCGAGGUGGGGGUGUUCCAGCGGGCAGCGUUGUAGACUCCCCAGGAGCUGAUCAGUCUGCUUGUGGUGGUGGCUGUAGCAGCUGGAGGGAUGGUGAAGUGCGUGUGGGGGAUUGGGAGGGGGAGGAGGGGAAGGGGGGAAGGGAGAGGGAGGAAGAGGAAGAGGAAGAGCAGGGUGGGGUAGUGACUUUGCCAGUGGUGCAGAUCGCAGGGGGGCACUGCUACCUGCUGGGGCUCACCUGUGCUAGCGAGCGCCAUGGCAGGUCUGUCUGGUCGAUCGGCUGUGGCUUGGGCGGCAAGCUGGGCCACGGCACAAAGACCGAUGAGCGCCGCCCGAAAGAGAUUACCCACUUCAAAACCCUAGGCUUCGCUCCUACAGCCGUUGCUGCGGGUGCUUGGCACGCCGCUGCCGUUGCUGCUGACGGUAGAGUCGCCACGUGGGGGUGGGGGCGGCACGGGUGCCUGGGGCACGGGGGGGAGCAGUGUGAGACCCUUCCUAGGGUGGUGGAGAGCCUGUGUAAGAGUGGGGAGGAGGAGGGUGAGAGGGGUCAGGAGGCGGGGGGAAGAGGGGAAGGAGUUGGGAACGGUGAUGGUGGGGGAUUGAGUGGUGGAAGGAAGGGAAGUGGUGGUGGUGAGGGUGGUGGUCGUGGCAAGCUGUGUGCAGCAGUUAAGGCGUGCCACGUGUCAGCAGGGGAUUACACGACGUUUGUGGUGGGGGAGGGAGGGGAGGUGUGGUCCUUUGGGAGUGCGGAGAGUGCGUGUUUGGGGCAUGGGGGCGGGUGGGAGAGGGAGGAGGAGGAAGAGGAGGAGAUGGAGUAUGCUGACCUGCAUGAUAUAGUGUUGCGGCAGCACCGGCGGCGCAGUCGAGAUGUCAUGCACCCGAGGCGAGCCUCCCUGCUGGAAGAAAGAGCUGCCAGCCCUCCAGCCCCUGCUGCUGCUGCUUCUCCUUCUGCUCCUGCUGCUGCUCUCGCUUCGACUACCCACCCUCUUCCUGCAACUGCUGCUGCCCACCCUCCUUCGGCCAUUGUCUCUGCCUCCACCCCGCUAGGCCGGGAGCCAGCGAGUGUGCCGGGUGCAGCAGGUGCCUGGGGUGGCUUGAGAGGGUUAUUCAGCUGGGAGGAUGUACUAGAUGUUGCCGAUGGGAGCGGAGAAAACGCCACAGGGAAUGUUGCCUCUGCUACUACUGCCUUUAAUAACAUGACUACUACUGUAGCGCCUGCCACAGCCAUUGCUGCUGCCGGUGUGGCAACUGUUGGCGCUACAACCGCUGCUGGUGCUACUGCUAGUACUGCUGCUGAUGACGUCAAUCCUGUAACGUUGUUCCGCCCUGUAGUUACCAGUGACCCUGGCAACAGCGGCUAUAGCAGCAGCAGCAGCAGCAGCAGUGGGAAUGCGCUGGCUGGGAACUUGAGUGGUUGGAGCAGCAGCAGCACAGGAAGCAGCACCAGCAGCCACAGCAGAGACCUCAAGAAUAACCUUGGUGGGAGCAGCAGCAAUGGUGCUGGUAGCGGACUAGGCAGCGGUAGUGACAGCAUGGGAGGCAGGGUGGUGCAGAUAAGUACGUCGAAUGCCGGCCACUGGGACGCACACAUGCUGGCAUUGACCAGCGAUGGCAGGGUGCUGGCAUGUGGGGCUGGGAGUAAGGGGCAGCUGGGUUCCCCCCCCACUGUAGGCGAUACACCGACCCCUCAAUUUGUGAAGGGGUUGAUUCUCUGAGUAGCUUGGGCUGGACUGGCGUUGACCUGCAUUGCCCAGCAUUGACCAGCAUUGACAGGCGUUGACAGGCAUUGACCGGCACUGAGCAGCAAUGGCAGGGUGCUGGCAUGUGGUGCUGGGGGCAAGGGGCAGACUGGAGCUUCCACUGCUGCAGGGGAUUCAGACAGGCCAUCUAUGAAGGGCCCUGAUUUCGUGAGAAGGGGCGAUGUGAGGCUGAUGGAAACUACGGGUGGCAGGGAGAAGGGGCUGGACUGGUUGGUAGCUGUGAGGGUCAUCUGAUGCUGGUUGGGAAGGUGAGGUGGUUAUUGAAGGCAAAAGGUACAAUAUUUUCCGUCGACUGGUUGUACGGUUUGUAUAGUUGUACAGGAGGGAAGUGAAUAUGGGUAAAUAAGUCUAGGUGAUCUUAGGGAGUUUCGCAGGGCAUUCGAAGAUGGGAGGCAGUGUCGGCUGGGUAACUAAAAUACUUGACUCUGUUAUUUUGGGAUGUUAGGUUGGUAGUGCCACCGUAAUUGUAAAUAUGCAUUCUAAAUGUUCUGUCGUAUUGA